CGUGCUCUGCUCGCUCAGGUAGACGAUACAAACAAACCAGGAAGUGUUUACAAGAACAUGUUGAGCGCCAUUUACAGGCUUUAAACAUGGCAAACGAGGUCCGAUAUUGCGAUAAGUGCUCGUACAUCUUUCUCAAAUUCUCGUUAAUCUUAUAUGCAACACUUUUCUGGUUGGUAGGUGGCUUCAUUUUGGCUAUUGGCAUUUAUGCAGAGGUGGAGCGGCAACGUUACAAAACCCUAGAUGGAGCAUUUCUGGCUCCUGCCCUUAUCCUUAUUGUUCUGGGUGUGAUCAUGUUCAUCGUCUCCUUCAUCGGGGUCCUGGCAUCACUCAGAGACAACUUGUGCCUUCUCAAAGUGUUUCUCUACACGCUGGCUAUUUGUCUCAUUUUGGAGCUUGUUGGCGGGAUUGUUGCUCUCGCCUUUAGGUCCCAGACAGUGGACCUUCUCAACAAAAACAUCCGUAAAGGCAUGGUAAAUUACUAUGAUGACCUUGAUUUUAAAAACAUCAUGGACUUUGUUCAGAAAACGUUCAAAUGUUGUGGGGGAGAUGAGUACAAGGACUGGGAGGUGAACAUGUAUCAUAACUGCUCUGCUCCUGGCCCUCUAGCCUGUGGAGUGCCUUACUCCUGUUGUGUGAACAACAAGCCUUCUGAAGUUGUUAAUACCAUGUGUGGAUUCAAGGCCCUGGAGAAAGAGAGGUUAGACAAUAUAGAGACCAUUUACAUACGGGGUUGCACUGAUGCAGUCUUCAUUUGGUUCAUGGACAACUAUAAAAUCAUGGCUGGACUUCUUCUGGGUAUAUUGCUUCCUCAGUUUUUUGGCGUGCUCUUUACCUGGCUGUACAUCACUCGUGUGGAAGAUGCCAUCGAGGACUACGGUAACUACACAGAUGGUCUGCUGGACAGUGGACCCCAGGGGACCAAGCGCCAAGGCAAGCUGGCAAAAUGCUGCAAAUGCAUGCCUUUGAUUGAUUGAGUGCAGUUUUUUUACAAGAAAGUUUUACAUUGGAUGAGACACAUUUGCAGUGGUUGAAAUUUAUUAUUUGUUGUUCUGCGAAACACAACAGUGAUGUUACUUUCAUAAUAUCUGCUACAGAUACACUGGUCCAAGAAAGUCCUAUUUCUACUGCCAAUACUAAAUUUUUUGUACCGUUACACUCAUGAUUCAUUAUUACAACAAGCUGAAAAUGGGUAGUCCAGAAAAGUGAACUCGUCAGAAUUCAAUGUUAGGACUGACCUCUUGUCUCAUUCUCUCAGGAUCAUUCUACUACUGUAUUUAAGGCCUUAGGUACACUAAAGAUGCCAUAUAUUUUCAUGACACCAGAGUUUUUAACUAUGUUGACUGUAAUUGCAGUCUCAGCACCUUUUGAAACUGAUUUGAAUAUUGGCACUCUGUCAUUCUCGAGUGAACAGUGCAGGUCUUUUUCCAACUCAAAUAUUGUGCUUUGUUUGGGAGAACAUGUAAGGCCUUUAGAACUGCAGCCACAAUGAUCACAAUAAAAGGGCUAUCUUUUUUUAAUUUGUAGAACCUUUGAAUAUUACAUUGAAUAAAUACAAUAAAACACUUGUAGAGUACACUGAAAAGCUUUGUAAAUCCAAUCCCGUAGUCGUUUUCUACUGUAGUUUUCUGUGUGCCUUUUUUUGAUUUUUUUUUUUUCUUCUAAUUAUUUUUUAUUUUUUUCCUGUUCAUAAUAUCAUAA